ACUUAACGCAGAACCAUAAUUCAGGCUUCACAUUCAUAGGUUACACUUUCACUUUGAUCGCGAUGGAGAACACGGAACCGCAGGUCCCGUCGGGCCAAAGUCUUCCCCGGCAGGAUCGCGUCUGAACUUUGAUCUGCUGCAGCCUGUGUGUUGUUUUUUUUCUUUUUAAAGCCGCACUGAGAUGAGUGGUGUGUCUGCAGCAGCUCCGAGGAAGACCGGCCAGCUCUGCUCCAGACUUGCAUACGCUGCACCAGAUGGAGUGGAAUUCUGUAGAUGACGAUCUGGGAGCAUUAAUGGAUGAACCCUAUAAUAUAUCAGAAUCUCUUGGGUUAAAGCCAAUAACAAGUAGUAUCGCAGAGAAUGAAUUUUCCUGCCACUGCUGUUAUGAGAUAUUAGUGAACCCCACCACUUUGACUUGCGGUCAUAACUUCUGCCGUCACUGUCUGGCUCUUUGGUGGGACUCCUCACACAAGAAUGAAUGCCCAGAGUGUCGAGAGAAGUGGGAAGGCUUUCCUAAAAUCAACCUUCUGCUGAGGGAUGCAACUGAAAAGCUGUUCCUUGAGGCCGUGCAACGGAGGAGAGCAGAAAUUCAGGCAAACCCCAAAGUCUCCCGCAGCUUGCUUUCCUUCCAGAGAUAUGGCGACAACCUGGGUAGGUCCAGGACAAACCAGAACAAAGGAGCAGGCUUCUUCUUCUCUGGAGUUCUAACUGCACUCACAUCAGUGGCUGUGGUGGUGCUGGUGUAUCACUGGGGCAGUGGUGUGAUGGAACAACAAGACCUGUUGAUCAGUAAACCCGUGUCUCACUGGACACCAGAGGAUGUCGUGUCCUGGCUGGAUCACCUGGGUCCGUGGACCGAGCUUUACAGAAAGCCUUUCCAACAAGAGAACGUUAAUGGAAGGCUGCUUUUGAUGCUGGGGGAUGAAGAGCUGCUGAAAUCGCCUUACAGCAUCGAGAAUCCAGCUCACAGAAGAGCUGUUUUGUCUGAGCUGGACAGAGUUAAAGCGCUGGGCGUCAAACCUCCACAGAACCUUUGGGAAUACAAAGCGACUAACGCAGGGAAGUCUCUGUUCUUGCUGUACGCGCUGAAGUGCUCUCCUCGGCUUACAAUCUUUUAUAUGUAUUUAUUUGACUAUUCGGAGACCUUCCUUCCCUUCCUGCACACGUGCUGUCCAGCCAUCGCACACAUCGACACGUCAGUGGAGAGCAGAUUCCUCAACGCACAGUUGGAACCCAGUUGGCGUCAGUGGGCAGAGUUCCUCGUCAAAUACUGCGUGCUUCCUUAUCAGCUGAUUGCUGAAUUUGCCUGGGACUGGUUGGCUGUCCACUACUGGACGUCCCGCUUCAUUAUUGUGAAUGCCAUGCUGCUCUCAGUGCUCGAGGGUUGCGCUCUGUGGAGGCUCUGGACAACAGCCAGGAUCAGGAUGCUGCCCCAAAAGAUGUGGAGCCACUUGUGGAAGAUGCUCUCUCAGGGAUUUGCCUUUGCCCUCUUGUGGCCUUUUGUCCCCCAGUUUGUAUGUAACUGCCUCUUCUACUGGGCUCUGUACUUCAGUCCCAUCAUUAACAUAGACCUGGUGGUGCAGCAGUUAAUGCACCCGGAAACACAAGCACCGUGACGGACUGCAUGUAGUCAGUGCCUUUUUAUUCUUGGGUGUGGGCUUUACAGCAAAAUAAAGUGUCUGAAGUCCA